AUGUCGAUGAUAACACCACCAUCAUCACAAACAUAUGUUGAAGUUAAAGAUGAAAAACAAGACUAUGGUGAUGGUAUAGAGCUAUUGAAAAGGGAAGUUGCAUACCCCCUAACUCCUCCAAAUGAAAGAGUUUUACAAGAAGAAAUGGACCAAAAGAAGAAAUUAGAGAAAGUUGUUACAAAACCUAAAAGAAAACCAAGAAUGAAAUAUAGACCUGAAAAUGGUACAAUCUUGAAUAUAAGUUCAUAUGAUGAAGAUAUACCAAUCUUGGAUCAAGAUGAUUUAAUUGAUAAUGAAGAUGUUAGUUUCUUACAUUAUGCUUUAAAAUAUUCUAGGAAAAUAACCUGUGUUACCGGUGCUGGUAUUUCAGUUGCUUCAGGGAUUCCUGAUUUUAGAUCAUCAAAUGGGUUAUUUCAAGGUUUAAAAUCUGCAACUUCAUCAGGCUCUACUGGUAAGGCACUUUUCGAUUCAAAUGUUUAUAGAGAUUAUGAAUCAACAGCCAAAUUCCAUGCAAUGAUUAGACAAUUAUAUGAAUUAACUAAUGAAUCAGAACCAACAGAUUUCCAUAAAAUGUUGAAUGAUAUAUCAAAAGAUGGAAGAUUAUUAAGAUUAUAUACUCAAAAUAUAGAUUGUCUUGAAACAGAUUUAUCAGAUUUACAAACCACAGUGCCAAUCAAAUCAAAUCCACCAUAUCCACCAACUAUUCAAUUACAUGGAACCAUAAAAUAUAUGUAUUGUUCCAAAUGUCGUUGGAAUUCUACUUUACAACCUGAAUUAUUUGAAGGUAAUGAAGCUCCAGCUUGUCCAGAAUGUACUGAAUUAGAUGAAAUAAGGAUAUUAUCUGGUAAAAGAUCACAAGGGAUUGGAUGUUUAAGACCAAGAAUCGUUUUAUAUAAUGAAUUUCAUCCAGAUGGUGAACAUAUUGGACAAGUUUCCACUUUAGAUUUAAAAUCCAAACCUGAUUGUUUAAUUAUUGCAGGAACAUCAUUGAAAAUUCCAGGAGUUAGAAAAUUAGUUAGAGAAUUAGCAAGAUCAGUUCAUGCUGCUCGUGGCUGUGUUAUAUGGGUAAAUGUUGAUGAACCAACAGUUAGUGUGGUGGAUUUUGUUGAACAUAUUGAUCUUAUAGUAACUGGUGAUUGUCAAAAUAUACCAAAGAUUGUUGAUAGUUAUGAUCAACAAAUUAAUCAACCAAAGAGUAAAAAAAGAGUUAAAAAGGAAGUAAAGCAAGAUCAAGAACAAGAAUUUGUUAAAGAUGAGACUAAACAAUCACCAAAGAUUAAACAAACCAAAUCUAUAAAAUCUUCACCAUCUACCAAAACAACAAAGAAACAAAUCUCAAAACCAAAAUCCAAAAAAGAUACCAAAAUCCAAUCAAGAUUGGAACAACUAGUUACGAAAAUUAAUGAAGCCAAAUAA